AGCAACCAAUGCGAUACCUGUAACUCCGGACCUUCCCAAAUACCUAAACAUCCAACAUUGGCGUCCUGGCGCCCAGGAUUCGCGCAUUAGACUCCUGAUUUCAUAUCACAAGCCUGACUUAUUCGACUCGAUCGUCCUCAGGUCUCCGAGAUAAAUUACCCUCGGCAGUCGCCUCAACAGGCGCAGUCGCCACCACAUCUUCGCGACUUCGACACGAGCACCUGUAUCAAAAGCAACCAUGGCUCCUAGCAAGAUCAACGUCCUCAUAAGCACCUUCGCCGGUACUGGCCUCCCACCUACACUCUCCCUCGCCCUACCGGCAACAACUCCCAUCUCGUCCCUCAGCGACGAACUUUGCGCCCGCCUCCCCCCCAACGCACUCUGCACCCGCCUCCUCCUGUCAACACUCUCCAGCCACCCGGUCCCGCUCUCCUCUCUCGAGCCAAUCUCCCACCUCCUGCACCCCUCAAAACCAGAAUCAGAAACCGACAGCGGGUCUCAAAAUGAUGACGAGAUCCUGCCCCUCAGGCUGCACGCCGCGCUGCUGGGCGGGAAGGGCGGGUUCGGGUCGCAGCUGCGGGCGGCGGGCGGGCGCAUGUCGAAGCGGAAAAAGGGUGGUGCGGCGGCGCUCGAGGAGGAGCAAGGGUCGUCGCGCAACCUGGACGGGCGGCGGCUGCGCACCGUGACCGAGGCGAAAGCGCUCGCCGAGUACCUGGCCAUCAAGCCCGAGAUGGAGCGCAAGGAAAAAGAGCGCCGGCGCAAGCGCUGGGAGGAGAUUGUCGAGAUGGCCGAGCGCAGGCAGGACGAGAUCAAGUACGGCAGCCGGAAAGUCGGCCUCGACGGCAAGUGGGUCGAGGACAAGGAGGAGGUGGGCGAGCGCACCCGCGAGGCCGUCAGGCUGGUCAUGAGCCAAGGGGCCGGGGCGUACAGGGAUAAUCUAAUGGGUGUUGGGGCGACAGUUGGGGAGGGGAGCGGUGGUGGGAGCAGUAGCAACAGUGGUGCCGAGAGUGAGGAGGGGGAGGGGGAGGACGGUGACAAGAAGAUUAUGGACGAAAGUGAGGAGAGUGGCGGGUCGAAGGCGACUACGCCGCCCUCGGAGCCAGAGGCGGGAUCGGAUAUCAGGCGGAAGGGAAAGGAACAGGAGAAUGGCAAGGCGCCAGCGAAAAGAUUUGUUGGUUUCGACGACGACGACGAGUUUAUGAGUUCCGAUGACGACAGUGAGGGCGAAAACGCAGAGGCCUGAUGCAGGGCUGUGAUACUGGCCCAAUUGGGCUGGCUUGUAUUGUUUAGGAGACGAACAUAGUCUCCCGGAGUGGCUAUAGUAGCUGUGGGACGGGGUUCUGGCGUCUGGUGUUCUGGUUGACUGGUUGGCAACACCGGGUCACAUUCUCAAGCGUGUACUAGGAUUGUCGUAACAAACCUCUGUGUUUCCGCAGUUGGUUUCCUCACUGAAUGUACAAGAUUGACUUACACCCUCUAU